GACUGAACCACCCAGGCGCCCCUGUGUUGAUUUUCUAAGCCGGUCCUGACCCCCGUGGGUCCCCAUGUCCCCAGCUGUGGGUCCCAGGGGCUCAGCCUUUACUCCUACUUUCUUUAAAAAAAUAGAAUCAUCACACACACAAAAUCCUUUUCCAUUCCAUUUGACAAACAGGAAAAAGGGGGACAAAAUGGCCCAUGAACCCAAUAUCCUCAUCUCCCCUUCGUAUUUUGGUAUUUUUCUAUCCCUUCCGUCGUGGUUGUUGCAUAAUUUUUACUCAGUUAAAUUAUGUUUUCACAGGCUUGCUGUGGGCCACGCCUGUGCCAGGGGUGAGUGCACAUUGGUGAAAAGACCAAGCACCUGUCCUUAAGAAGCUCAGACUCUCUCUAGGCUCUAACUCUUGUCCUUCACCCACUCGCUGUGUGACCUUGGGCCCGUUGCUUUACCUCUCUGUUCCUUGAUUUUCUCAUAGGUGCAACGAGGAUGAUAACGGUAACAAUUUCAUAGGGUGGUGGUGCAGAUUAAAGAUGAAUAUAUGUCAAGUUCUUGGCCCAGGGCCAGAGAGCACAGAGAGGCACAUGAGUGUUUGGUCUGGCUGGUGUGACGUCAGGCAGGAGGAUCAAGGAGAGAAAGGACAUAGCAGAUAGACAGCUCAACAGUGGACAGGCAAGGCGGUGCGAGACAGCCCUGCUUUCUGGAACCUUGUGAGGUUUGGAGCCCAGUGGGUGGGACCGACCGGGAGAGGCGGCGCGGAGAGGCAGGGGCCUUGCGGUCAAGUUUGCAGUUCACAGACAGCACAGGGAGCAUCGAGGACUCGACGCCACAGAGCCUGUAACACCACCGCGUGCUUCCUGAGCUGUAACGGUCACCGUCACUGUCUCUCGUGACUCCAGGGGCUCUCUGGAGUAAACACGGCGGAAUUUACAAUUCCUGUAAUGUUGGGUGUAGAAGUUACUUCCGUUUCUGGGUGAAAACAAACAUUGUUGCCGCGCACACUGAUGCGUGUGCCACGCCUUCUGUCUCGGAGGCGUCUUUUCCAGGGACAAUUUCCCAUGCCGUCUUUUGGGGUCCCUCCCGUCUCCUCUGGCUAUGGGGAGGGGCGCAGGCCCCCCCCGCCCAGCACCUCUGUCCUUUCCGCUCCCAAGGGCAGGAGAAAGAAGGACCUUGGCACAGGUCUAAACAUUCUUAGAUCACAAGAGGAAGGGUGCUGCACAGCUGCAGAGCACUUUCAAAACUCUGCAAGCACGGUCUCCGAGCCUCAGUUUCCUUAUCUGUCAGAGGGAGGGCGAUCGGAGUAAAGAGGACUAAUAAUGUUUAUUGAACGUUCGCUGUCUGCAGGUUCUGUUACUGGGCACCGUUACGGUUCUUACGGUGCACAUAAGGACACUGAGACACAGAGAGGUUAAGUGACUUGCCCGAGGACACACAGCUGGACCCUCCAGGCCCAGAACCAGCAGCACUGGUGGGGAGCGAUCUGGGAGCCUGUGCAGGAAACUGCUACCCUUGGUGAGGUGGGCAAGGGAGACUGAGCCCAGCUGACCAGAGACCCCGUUUUCUUCCAGACCGAGGGGGCAGGUGGCAGGGCCUCCCCACCUGCCCCGCGGAAGAUGCAGUUCUUUGGGCGCCUGGUCAACACCCUCAAUAGCGUCACCAACUUGUUCUCGAACCCGUUCCGGGUGAAGGAGGUGGCUGUGGCGGACUACGUCUCGAGUGGCCGGAUUCGGGAGGAAGGGCAGCUGGUUCUGUUCCAGAACUUUCCCAGCCGCACAUGGGACUGCGUCCUGGUCAACCCCAGGAACUCACAGAACGGAUUCCGACUCUUCCAGCUGGAGAGGGAGACGGACGCCCUCGUGAACUUCCAGCACUAUUCUAUCCAGCUGCCGCCCUUCUACGAGAGCUCCAGCCAAGUCCUGCAUGUCGAGGCCCUGCAACAGCUGACUGACCUCAUCCGCAGCCAUCCCAGCUGGUCGGCGGCCCAUUUGGCGGUGGAGUUGGGCAUCCGAGAGUGCUUCCAUCACAGCCACAUCAUCAGCUGUGCCAAUAGCAGGGAGAAUGAGGAGGGCUGUACCCCCCUGCACCUGGCCUGCCGCAAGGGCGACGGGGAGAUCCUGGCGGAGCUGGUACAGUACUGCCAUGCCCAGAUGGACGUCACGGACAACAACGGAGAGACUGCCUUUCAUUACGCCGUCCAGGGGGACAAUUCCCAGGUGCUGCAGCUCCUAGGGAAGAACGCAUCGGCCGGCCUGAACCGGGUGAACAAUCAAGGGCAGACCCCACUGCACCUGGCCUGCCAGAUGGGGAAGGAAGAGAUGGUCCGAGUACUGUUACUCUGUAACGCUCGGUGCAACAUCGUGGGGCCCAGUGGCUACCCCAUCCACGCAGCCAUGAAGUUCUCCCAUAAGGGGUGUGCUGAAAUGAUCAUCAGCAUGGACAGCAGCCAGAUCCACAGCAAAGACCCUCGCUAUGGAGCCAGCCCCCUCCACUGGGCCAAGAACGCAGAGAUGGCCCGCAUGCUGCUGAAGCGGGGCUGCGACGUGAACGGCACCAGCAGCUCGGGGAACACAGCCCUGCAUGUGGCCGUGAUGCGCAACCGCUUGGACUGUGUCAUGGCCUUGCUGACCUACGGGGCCAACGCCAACGCCCGCGGAGAGCACGGCAACACGCCGCUGCACUUGGCCAUGUCGAAAGACAACGUGGAGAUGAUCAAGGCCCUCAUUGUGUUUGGGGCAGAGGUGGAUACCCCAAAUGACCUCGGAGAGACUCCUGCUUUCAUAGCUUCCAAGAUCAGCAAACUUGUCACCAGGAAGACGCUCUUAACUCUGCUGAAAAACGUAGGGGCCGACCACCGCCUCCCACUCACCCAAGGGGCCCCCUCGGAGCAGUGUUCCACUGCGACACAUCACUCCUUGUUCUCCCAGGAAAGAUCUCAGCCCCCACCGAUCAGCUUAAACAACCUAGAACUGCAGGACAUCAUGCAUAUCUCCCGGGCCCGGAAGCCGCCGUUCAUCCUGAGCUCCAUGAGGGACGAGAAGCGGACCCACGACCACCUGCUCUGCCUGGACGGAGGGGGCGUGAAGGGCCUCGUCAUCAUCCAGCUCCUCAUUGCCAUCGAGAAGGCCUCGGGCGUCGCCACCAAGGAUCUCUUUGACUGGGUGGCGGGGACCAGCACUGGAGGCAUCCUGGCCUUGGCCAUUCUGCACAGCAAGUCCAUGGCCUACAUGCGGAGCGUGUACUUUCGCAUGAAGGAUGAGGUGUUCCGAGGCUCGCGGCCCUACGAGUCGGGGCCCCUGGAGGAGUUCCUGAAGCGCGAGUUUGGGGAGCACACCAAGAUGACCGACGUCAAGAAACCCAAGGUGAUGCUGACGGGGACGCUGUCUGACCGGCAGCCUGCUGAGCUUCACCUCUUCCGGAAUUACGAGGCUCCGGAGUGUGUACGGGAACCUCGUUUCAGCCAGAAUAUUAACCUGAAGCCUCCGACUCAGCCCUCAGAGCAGCUGGUGUGGCGAGCUGCCCGGAGCAGUGGGGCGGCCCCCACCUACUUCCGGCCCAACGGGCGCUUCCUGGACGGCGGGCUGCUGGCCAACAAUCCCACGCUGGACGCCAUGACCGAGAUCCAUGAGUACAACCAGGACAUGAUCCGCAAGGGCCAGGAAGGCAAGGUGAAGAAGCUCUCCAUCGUGGUCUCUCUGGGGACAGGGAGGUCCCCACAGGUGCCCGUGACCUGUGUGGACGUAUUCCGUCCCAGCAACCCCUGGGAACUGGCCAAGACUGUUUUUGGGGCCAAGGAACUGGGCAAGAUGGUGGUGGACUGUUGCACGGAUCCGGAUGGGCGGGCCGUGGACCGGGCCCGGGCCUGGUGUGAGAUGGUCGGCAUCCAGUACUUCAGAUUGAACCCCCAGCUGGGGACUGACAUCAUGCUGGAUGAGGUCAGCGACACAGUGCUGGUCAAUGCCCUGUGGGAGACGGAGGUCUAUAUUUAUGAGCACCGAGAACAGUUCCAGAAGCUCAUUCAGCUGCUGCUGUCACCGUGAGGCCGCUGGGCACCCCCCGCCACCCCAUCCCACCCACCCAGCCCUUGAUGGAGAGGCCAGGUGACAUCUAACCAGCGCGCCACUGGGCAGAGCUGGGCCUCGGCGGCUCUGCAUCUCCAGACCAGACAGACCAGGCCUCAGAGGGCACUGGGCUUCCUGCCUGAGGCUGGUCCUGGGUCCUGCCCACACCGUCCCCGCCUUCUGGCACUUUUUGUCAUUCCAGGCUUAGAAAUCCUAGAGCCUCACUGGGGCCCUCUCCCUGAUGGCCAAGGACAACUGACGCUUGGGCCCCCAGCCCUGUUAGCUCAGACACCAGGCGUUCUCCCAGGUCCCCUGGCGGAGGGGGGAUGCCAAGACCCCUUCCACUCUCUGUCCUCUUCCCUGGGGUGGGGGGCUUGGAGAAACAGGCCUUUGCCCACCCAUCAGCAGGGGAAACCCAAGCCCCGCCGACUCUGCCCUCAACACACAUGCAGCCGCCUGCACCCCUCGGAACUGCCCCACCCUGCGAGCUCCCCUCAGCUCUCAAAGGUCACUUCUGUGACUUCGGUUAUUCCUCCCGACCCGAGGUGGUUGAUGGGUGGGGCGGGGAUCCAGAGCCUGCCCUUAACUGAAAUAAACGGUUUGAUUCAAGCU